AUGACUGCUGCUACAAUCGUCCAAGCCAAUUCUGGUCUGCUAACUGCUGCAUUCUCGACAAUUAUGGGCAUACCUUUGAGUACAGACGUUGCCAGUUCUGAUCAACCUGAGAUGGUUUCGGUAUUUGAUCAUCAUAAAACAACAUACUCGUAUGGUUGCGUUGGUAAUAGAUCCGCUACUACAACAGAUGACGAUCGAUGCUUAUUAUUUAUUAAGACCUUAAAGAAUGGAACAUUUCAAACUGACGUAAAGGCAAAUGCCAAGAUUGAAGAAAUUAAAGCACAUCUUCAUGAAUUAUUAGGAGUUCCACCUGAUGAACAACGACUUAUCUACAAUGGAAAGCAGUUAGAAGACGAUUUGGUAACCGUAGUGUAUAUAAUGGUUAUUCGCCAGUACCGCCUGGCUACUCCAGUUGUCGAUGAUGAUGAUAAUACUCAUGCAAGACAGCUGUAUCGAAUAGUAAAUGAUAGUGAAACAAACAAGAACACAGUAUUUUUGCUCGAUAAGGAAGAAACUAAACAUGUCUCUGAAUUGAUUCCAUCCACACCUCGUUGGUGGCUUGUAAUACCUUGUUUAUUAUUAAUCACAUUGGCUUCCGCACCCGAUCUUCUAAUUCUCAACGAUUUCAUUGUUCGUCGCUACGAACGUCAAUAUGGACUCGACACGUCAGAUAGAACUCAACGAAGUACAUGCCAUGAAUCGUCGACUGCAACAUCUGGUUACUGGUAUCUUGAUGAAGAUUCAUCUGCCGGAGCUAAUUAUAAUAAGGUACAACAGCAUGCCGCAAAAUUCAAUGUUAAAAAUUCGCUUGCUACAUUAAUUCCAUCUCUAUUCGCCAUUGUUGUACUUGGUUCAAACUGCGAUACCAUUGGUCGACGGCCACUACUUUUCUUGCCAUUCAUAGGUAAAGUAGUUCGAUAUUCACUUAUGCUAAUUAUUGUAACUCAUGAUCUUCCUGACGGAUAUUUAAUGGCUGCUCAUGCGUGUGAAGCUGUAUUUGGUUCUUUUGGAAUUGUUAUGUUGAGUGCACUUGCUUACAUUACCGACUGUACACACGAGUCGGAAAGAACUCGACCAUUUUUAUUAACCGAAGUAAUCACUUUAGUAGCUCGUGUUGUACCUGUCCUUGCUGUUGGUUUAUGGUUACAACAUUUUCUUUACAUAAUUCCAACAAGCGUCUGUCUUGGAUUGAGUGUUAUCGGAAUGCUCUACGUGUUAUUUAUACAACCUGAAUCUGUGCAAAAUAUUGGAUAUUGUUUUCCAACAUCAAACGAAUCUUGGUCAUCAUUCAAAGGUGUUUUUAAAAAAAAAUAUUUCUCCAAUGAAGAAGAAGCAAAUCGUCGCCAAAUUUGGGAAGAAAAUGUAGCAGUGAUUCAUAAACAUAAUCUUGAAGUUGAUCUUGGUCUUCAUAGUUAUACACUUGCAAUGAAUCAGUUUGGUGAUAUGACGAAUGAAGAAUUUCGAAAACAAAUGAAUGGAUAUAAAAUGCCUUCAGAAGAUGAAAGCAGUUAUCAAAUAUUUUCAGCACCCGUAAAUCUUAUUUUACCAGAUAGCGUUGAUUGGCGUUCAAAAGGUUAUGUCACAUAUGUAAAAGAUCAAGGUCAAUGUGGUUCAUGUUGGGCUUUUUCAACAACUGGUGCACUUGAAGGACAACAUUUUGCAAAAACAUCACAACUUGUUCCACUUUCCGAACAAAAUUUAGUUGAUUGUUCAUUACUUAAUUUUGGAUGUAAUGGUGGUAAUCAAGAUCUUGCCUAUGAUUAUAUUAAAAUGCAUCAUGGAAUUUCUGAUGAACAAUCUUAUCCAUAUUGGGCUGAACGUGAUAUUUGUCAAUUUUCUAAAAUACAUAUUGCUGCUACAACUACAGGUUAUACUAGAAUAAAAAAACAUAAUGAAACAGAUCUUCAAGCUGCAAUUGCUACUAUUGGUCCAAUAGCAAUUUCGAUCGAUGCUUCACAAAGUUCAUUUCAAUUUUAUUCAAGUGGAGUCUAUAAUGAACCUAAUUGUUCAACAAAAAGACUCGAUCAUGCUGUUUUAGCAGUUGGAUAUGGAACAUUGAAUUCGACUGAUUAUUAUAUUGUUAAAAAUUCAUGGGGUAACAAUUGGGGAACUCGAGGUUACAUACUAAUGAGUCGAAACAAACAAAAUCAAUGUGGAAUUGCUACGUCAGCUCUUUAUCCAUUGGUUUAA